CAACGACCCGCCAUUGCUGGCCCAACCGAACACUGUGAAGGAGAAGCGCAAGGGAAGCGAGAGCGGGAGCAAUGGCGGCGGCGAGGGCGUUCUCGUCGGCGGCAGCCUCCGGCGCCUGCGCCGGCGUGUCCAUGGUGCAGGGCGCGUCCCGCGGCAUCGGGCUCGAGUUCGUGAGGCAGCUGCUGGGGAGGAGCGACGGGGGCCGGGUCGUCGCGACGUGCCGCGCGCCGGAUUCAGCCGUGGAGCUCCAGAGGCUGAGGCAGGAGCACGCGCGGCGGCUCACCGUGCUGCCGCUGGACGUCACUGACGAGAGCUCCAUUGAGGCGGCUGCGACCUCAAUAGGAGAGACUCAUGGAUCUCUGAACCUGCUGAUCAAUGCAACCGGAAUACUUUCAGUUCCAAAUGUGAUACAUCCAGAGACCACAUUGAGCAAAGUUCAGAAAUCAUCCCUGCUACUGGCAUAUGAAGUGAACGCUGUCGGCCCUAUUUUAGUUAUCAAGCAUAUGUGGCCAUAUCUGAAGGCCGGUGGUCGCUCUGAGACAGGGAGAGGGUUUUCACUGGUUGCAAACAUGAGUGCCAGAGUUGGUUCAAUUGGAGACAAUGGUCUGGGAGGCUGGCAUUCAUACAGAGCUUCUAAAACAGCGCUAAAUCAAUUAACAAAGACUGUAUCAGUUGAGCUGGGCAAGAAGGACAACAUUGCCUGCAUCCUGCUGCAUCCAGGAACUGUGGACACUGACCUCUCGCGUCCUUUUCAGAAGAACGUCCCCAAGGACAAGCUCUUCACAAGGGAGUUCUCUGUUCAGAAGCUACUGUCAAUCAUCGACAAUGUUAAGAAGAGCGACAACGGCAAGUUCUUUGCUUGGGAUGGCCAAGAAAUCCCAUGGUGAUAUCAAUCAGCACUUGAUCAGAGCAAGUGAGCAACAGUGUCCAAAUCUUGUGCUCCAUAUUGUCGCAUUUACUGUGUUUUCACCAAAUAGAUUGUGUGGACGUUCGAUUUGAAUUCUGUCCAAAGCUAAGGAUUCAAGAUGAUCUGAAAAGAUGCAGAUAAAACCCAAAAUCUUUCUUCUUUUUUUAACUUCCUUUUUAGAUACAAACAAAUGGUCGAUGUAUUUUUGUUUUGUCACUGAUAUCACACGAGUGUAAUUAUCUUAUAUGCAACGUAUUUCUGAUUUCUGAGGACGCAUGUGCUGAAACUUGCGGUCAAUUUAUCAACUGCAUUAUAU